CUAUUAUCAAGAAUUGUCUUCCCACCUGUGAUCACAGUGAAUGGAGCUUUUUCCCUGAAGCCACCCACUCCGGUGUCGGGAUCACAGAAUCCAAGAGAUAGCGAUCGCUGUGUGACACUUCUGAAAAAGCCGGCCUAGUCUUCAUGUGCCAAAGCUACCAGAGGAGUCCAGACUGCCAGGAGCCCCUGGCCCACGCGGCAGGGGGGAGGUCAGAAGUGUUGAUGAGGAGGUCACAUGAGAGGAAUCUCCUCCGGUGUUUUCCAGGCUAUCACACAGUCAACUUCAACUUGACAGCUGCCGCCGCAGCCAAAGGCAUAUCAGGUUUCCACGGAACUGGACGAGAGAGUCACACGCCCCUCGCAGGAUUACUGGAGAUCAGGGCAGUGCGACUGUCCUUCCCUCCCCGGCCGAGGAAGAUGCAUUAAAAACGCUCCUCCCCCUGAAGUCUUCCGCCCGCCUCACCUGUAGACAUGGGGUCAUGCGGGAUCGUGAGGGGCCCGGGACAUGGGGCCCGCGCUGGCGCGCUCAGAGCCGCCGUCGGAGUGGUGCUGCUGGGGCUCGGCCUGUCCCUGUCUGUCCCCGCACGGACGGCCUGCGCGCCGGCCGCAGCCCUGCAGAGCCUCACCCAGCCCCAGUACAACGACACGGACGGGACCAUCUCCAGCGCGGGCUUCUUGUCACCCUUUGUCAAGUCCUUCCUCCACACAGUCCAGCGUAACCCAUUUCCCGCAGAGCUGAUCUUGAAAAUGGUCCACGAUUUUGAGCAAGGGUUGUCAGAUGAAGAACUCAUCAAAGAAGCCCUGGUGUACGAAGUGGGUUUCCUGGUGUGUGCAGCAAUCGGCGUCCUGUACAUCGUUCUGAUGCCCGUAGUUGGCUUCUUCCUGGCGUGCUGUCGCUGCUGUGGCAACUGCGGUGGGAAGAUGUACCAGAAGCAGACGUCCUCCAUUCAGUGUCGCCGAAGAACUCUCUACUGGAGUGUGUUCGUCACCACGGCCAUUAUACUUGCCGGGAACAUUUGCAUGUUCAGAAGCAAUGAAGCCCUCCAUGUGAGUGUGGCCCAGAGUCCACCGCAGCUCAACACAACCAUAGGCAACAUCCACACCUUCCUCACGGCCGUGCCUCAGGAAAUUUUCUACGUGGUGAACGCGAGCCACGAAACCAUACAGGAGGUCAACAGAAACCUGGACGACAUCGGACCACAGUUGGGAACAGAGAUCCAGGAGCGCUUCAUGGUGACUCUGGGCCCGGCGCUGCAGCCAGUGAGACUUCUGAACCAAGAGACCAGAAACAUCAGUGUUCAACUGAACGAGCUGGACUCAUCUUUGGCGCAGCUGCGGUCCAGCAUGAGCCGCGUCCAGGACAACGUCACCGACGUCAAGAAUAGCAUCAACCGGACUUUAUCCAAACCAACCUGUGUUGGCUGUGCAGGCCUAGAGUCAGAGCUGCAGAGGCUCACGCUGGACACCUCUGUCGCCAUUCCCAGCUUGAGCGAGUUCCAGACGGAAGUGGAUAAAGUCAUCCUACUCAAUCUCACGUCGAAAAUCCAGCAGGUGGAGAGUCAUUUCAACAGCCUCCCCCAGAGAGUGAUCGACGACACCAAGGAUGUAGUUCAAAAGAGCAAGCAGCUGCUGGCUGACAUAGGAACACAGAUCUCCCAGUUUUCCAGUGAGAUCCCUUUGUCCGGUCUGACGAACGCGCAGGGAACUCUGAAUCAGGUGCAAGGAGAAAUGGUCAGGAUGACCUCCGAGGUCGCGAGAGUCGAGCGCAUUAGAUGGAGUGUGUUUGUUGCCCUGUGCUGCGCGGUGCUCCUGGUCGUGGUGUGUAACCUCCUGGGUCUGGUGCUGGGCCCUCUGGGUCUUAGGCCCAAAGCGGACCCCACAAAGCGCUCCUGCACGGCGGAUUGCGGCGGCACCUUCUUCAUGAUGGGGGCGGGUUUCAGCUUCCUCUUCUCCUGGCUCUUCAUGAUUGUGGUGCUGCUGUUGUUCCUUGUGGGUGGGAACACUUACACGAUGAUCUGUCGUCCCUGGAAUGACGGCCAACUGCUGAAGUUCGUUGAUUCUUCAGGUUUCAUUCCAGAUAUAGGUCAAGCUUUAGGAAUGAAAACUAACAUCAGUCUCUCUGAUAUCUACAGCGACUGUGAGGAAGACAAGACUCUGUGGACAACACUCCACUUGAAUGAAGUCUUAAACCUUGAGGAAAUCCUCAAUGUAUCUAAGUACACAGACCAGAUCCAGAAGCAGUUCGAGGAUACGGACAUCACGCUGUCCGCCAUCACUCUCCUAAGCCCCGAGCUGAAAGGCCAGCUCAGCAGCUUCUCCGGCAAGGCUAAUAAUUUGAACUCCACUGCUAUCACACAGCAGAUCAACGACCUUGCCAGGAUCAACCUGAAUACGACAGCAGACGAACUCGACCUCGCCGCCUCGGCAACAAACGCUGCCGUUCAAGAUGAGCUCCGAAACGAGGCCAACAACCUGAGGCAGAUCCAGGCCAGCAUAGAAACCACCAUCAUCCCACAGCUGGAAACCUUGAACUCGACCGUCAAGCGCCUUCUGUCCCUCACGAAGGAAAUCAAUGGAACGGUGGGGGAGGUGCUGAGGAACGUGGGAGCAGCGCAAGACUUCCUCAACACAAACACGACACAGAUCGUCAAGACUGUAAGCAGGAGCUUUUUGGACUGUCAGCUGGGUUACUUCAAUUCCUACGCUGACUGGGCCAACCGCAUGAUCACACAGCAAGUGGGCCGGUGUCGGCCGGUGGCGGGAGCCCUGGACUCGGUGGAGAUCAUCCUCUGCUCGAACGCGGUGGCGUCCCUGAAUGCGUUCUGGUUCAGUCUGGGCUGGUGCAUGAUCUUCCUAAUCCCCAGCAUCAUCUUUUCCAUCAAACUGGCCAAGUACUACAGGAAAAUGAAUUCCUCUGACGUCUAUGACGAACACAUACUCAUGAACCACAUCCCACGGGCCCAGAUGCUAAUCAACUGAGAGGACAGCAUGCUGUGGCAUCUCCCGCCAGAUUUAAAAGACACUUAAUGCACUCCUGCACAGAUGUGACACACGGGCGAGACGUCUCGAACUGAGAAAAGAUGUCAUGGUACCCAUUUCACCGAACCUUAUUUUUUAAUUUAUAUAUAUUUCAAUUUGCAUCGUACGUUGGACGUGAAAAUCCACUUCUUAAGUGACCAUGGUGCCACAACACAUUUCAUGCACAACACACACACAUACACACACACACACAUACACACACGCACACACACACAGAUACACACGCACGCACACGUGGCAUCUUGUUAAUGACCUCAGGGGGACAAAGGGCAUGAGGGAAUCUUCAGGGACCCUUUUUUUUCUGCGUCAUUUCAAUUAAACACACAAAGAGAUUAAUUAUUUCAUUCAUUGCUUUUACAUAAAUGUUUUGUAUGUAUUUAAUGUCUGAACUGAGCCUGCUACUGGAUUCUGGUAAUUAGAAUUUUCUAUAUAUAUAUAUAUA